AUGCGUUUAAUUCUGCUGCUGGCCGCGGUUGCUCUGCUGAGUGUAGCCCAGGCGAAGUUUGUCAAAGUGGAAGUGCCGGUGCCGGUGCCGAUCCCGGUGCCAGAAAUCCAGCACAUCGAGAAGCGUGUGUCUACCGUGAAGGAAGUCAAGGUACCGUACAUCAAGGAGGUGCCGGAGGAGACGAUCGUAACGCACGUGAAGGAGGUACCGGUCGUGAAGGAGGUACAGGUGGUGAACGAAGUCAAAGUUUACCGCGAUGUGGAGGUUAUCAAGGAGGUACCGGUCGAGAAGGUGAUUCACCGUCGCGUCGAGGUACCGGUGGAGGUAGUGCGUGAGGUGGAACUGAUUCGCGAGGUCCCGGUCAUCAAAGAAAUCCAGCACGUGAAGGUGGUCAAGAUCAUCAAGGAGGUACCGGUGGAGGAAGUCAUUGAGAAGGAGCUCCCCGUGGCAGAACCGUUCCCGGUGACGGUACCCAUUCACGUGCCCGUCCCGGUUGUAGCACAAGAGCUACAUCUGACAAAGUUGAGCAAAUUGCAGCAUCUACAAAGUCUAACAAAGAACUUGCUAGGUUAA